GGUCGUUGACGAUAGAAGAGAAUAGGCUGCGGUAGUGAUGCAUGUUAAUGUGUUAAUGAGUAUGUGGUUCAGCUCUACAUGCGCUGGUUUGAAGCUUUGACUGAUUUGGAAAUGCUACACGUUCACUGCUGCGUUUAAACAACGAUGAGCGGUGGAGGGGACAUUAGAAACUACGCAUCCUCCUUCGAAAACUUUGUACCUUGGACUGAUUUGUUUUUGGACUGGCACUUUGUAUUGUAAGGUUAAGCCCCAACAGCAAUACGGAGAAACCCCAAACAUCAGAUGGCCCCUAUGAGGGGAGGAAGACAGGAAGCAGACAUGCAGUGGAAGAGAGCAAGAGAUGAAUAAUAAUUCAUAAUUAAAUGCAGAGAGGCGUAUUAAUGUAUGGUUAGUGACGAUGCAACCAGUGCAUCAUGGGAAUUCUGUGUUUUGUUUGCAGUCAUGACGAGGUGGGCGAGAGCUAACAACGUCCACAAACACAAACCAGCGGAGGCCACCCCCUGGAGUCAGCUGAGAACAAGACGACCACCAGGAGCCGGAGGAGGCGACGGUGGCAGCAGCAGCACUGCUGGCGUUAAAGGAGUAGCUGAGAGGAAUCCUCUGAGAAAGACACAGCCCAGUGGGUCUGCUAUAAAGAAACCCAACGGCAAGAAAAAGCAGUACGUCAGCGAGGAUGUAAACGGCUUCCUGGAGUAUCUCCAGCAAACGGGGCAGCACCUGGCUAAAAAAAGUCAGGAGGGAGAGCAUGAGCUCAGAGAGGAGGUGCAAAAUGCUCUAAAGAAGGACAAGAAGAGGGAGGACAGGAGGAUAAAAAGACAGACCAAUAAGAAGAACAAAAUGUUCUGUUUUAACUGCAGGAAGCCCGGUCACGGGUUGGCAGACUGUCCAGAGGCUGACAGAGAUGAGGAGAUGGGCCGAGGCAUCUGCUUCCGCUGUGGCUCCACUGAACAUGAAAUCUACAAAUGCAAAGCUAAAGUGGACCCUGCUCUGGGUGAUUACCCAUAUGCAAAGUGCUUUAUCUGUGGUCAGACUGGACAUCUGUCACGAUCCUGCCCUGAUAAUCCCAAAGGACUUUACGCUCAAGGAGGUUGCUGUCAUAUUUGUGGCUCAGUGGAACAUUUUCAGAAGGACUGUCCAGAGCACCAGACUCCAAAUAAUCAUGUGACAGUGGGCUGGUUGUCCAACAACAUGAGUGCAGACCAUGAGGAAGUGCACAUUCCAGUAAAGAAAGCCAAACCCAAGCAGCCUAAAGUGGUGAAGUUCUAAUCACAGAACUGAGCAGUGCUAAUGUGUGACCCUCGUUGUACUUCUCUGACCCACCUCAGCUUCUGGACUUCAUAAAUGGACAGGUUACCCACUAACAGGGAAUGAAGUCUUGUAUACCACUGUAUAUGAAUGAGAUCUUUUUAAUAAAAAGUUUUCCACAGCUA